AUGCAGAACAUGCACGAGAAGAAGUGCUUCUGCGACGGCGAGAAGCUUGUGGCCAUCAUCUCCGAGGCCGCGUCCGCGGGCAUCUCGCUCCAGGCGGACCGGCGCAUCCCGAACCAGCGGCGCCGCGUGCACCUCACGCUCGAGCUGCCCUGGUCCGCGGACAAGGCCAUCCAGCAGCUCGGCCGGUCCCACCGGUCGAACCAGUCCUCCGCGCCCGAGUACAAGUUCCUCAUCUCGUCCGUCGGCGGCGAGAAGCGCUUCGCGUGCGCCGUCGCGCGGCGCCUCGAGUCUUUAGGCGCGCUGACCCAGGGCGACCGGCGCGCCACCGUCGGCGCCAAGGGCCUCGGGCUCCAGUCCUUCAACUUCGACACGAAGUGGGGCCGCCAGGCGCUCGCCACGCUCAUGCGCGUCGUCGUCCGCGCGGCGAACUCGCCCUUCACGCUGCCGACGCUGCCCAAGGACGAGAAGGACGAGCUCAUGCAGGCCUUCUCCAAGGACGGCACGAUCUUCUCCGGCGGCGGCGCGGACCCGGAGUUGUCCGUGGGCAUCGACGCGUCGCUGGACACGGAGAAGAAGGCGUCCGUCGGCGUCUUCCUCAACCGCCUCCUGGGCCUCACGCUCGUGCGCCAGAACCUCAUCUUCGACUACUUCUCCAAGCUCGUCGACCACCACGUCCGCGUCGCGCGCCGCGAGGGCAAGUACGACGAGGCCAUCGCCGAGGUCAAGGGCCACCGCGUCGAGAUCACGGACGAGACCGUGCUCCAGGCGGAGACGUCGACGCGCGGCGAGCUCGUGCACCUCAACGUCGAGGUCGACCGCGGCAUCCCCUGGGACGAGGCGCUCGCCGUCCUCGCGUCCGCGACGGAGGACGCGGCCCACGAGAAGGCCGCCAAGGAGGCCCAGGCGCAGCACCGGGGCCGCAACGCCUUCACGGACAUGCGCAGCCUCCGCGGCCGCGCGGAGGUCGCGGGCUUCUACCGGUCGAACAUCCCGAACCCCGCGACCAAGAAGCACUACGUCGCCCUCGCCAUCGUCGGCAAGACCUACACGGCCGGCGACACGAGCGGCACGAUCCGCGUCUACCGCCCGAACACGGGCAUCUCGCAGAUGCAGAAGGUCGACCUGCUCCAGCGCUACGGCAAAAUCGACGCGGCCGACGUCAAGAAGGAGUGGAAGGCCCUCUACGACAACGGCGACAAGCACUGCUCCCACGGGCCCAAGUGCAAGCACGGGGCCAAGUGCCAGGUCGGUAAGCGCACGCAGCAGAAGCACGUGCUCCAGGGCUCGCUGCUCGUGUCCAUGCGCAAGGCCGAGGCCAUCAUCCAGAAGCGCACGGGCAACGCCAUCCGCCUCGGCGUCUGCCGCGUCGUCGAGACCGACGACGCGGGCAAGUCCGUCCUCGGCAUCGACCUCCCGACCUGCUACUGCCAGAACGUCAUGGACGAGCUCCAGGAGGAGGACAUGUGAACUCCGCCCCCUCCCCCCCGAAACGACCCCUUGAACCUUGUGUCGUACAUCGCUCCCGCUGUAGAAA